AAGGGGAGGGGCUCUGCAGAAAUCCGAGCAGCCAGAGCCUUGCAGCAGGGAAGAAAAGGCUGGUGGACACACACGCAGAGAAAGAGACAUAGACACAGGGGUCAAACGCUAAGCCCGUCCCUCUGGCUGUCUACACAGCCAGCCGUGGGUAGGGAAGGAGGAGGAGGAGGAGGAGGAAGGAGAAGACGCGAGCAGAAAGAAGCCUUGGCGUCGCCGCUCGCCUGCAGAACCGGGAAGGGAGCGACUGCAGCACAGCCGCCUCGCCCGCGCUCCCAAUGGCUCCGGCUGCCGAGUGAAGCGAGCGACGAGCUCGGUCCCUGGCGGCUGAACGCGCCUGGCGAGGCUGAAGGACGGAGCCGAGGGCGCAGUGAACGCCUCCAGCCAUGGCGGGGACGGAAGGCGUCACGGCAGAUGUCGCUUCAACAGCUGCCUAUGCAUCUCCAGCUAGAAGUCUGGGAGAUCCAGGGAUAACACCUCUGUCCCCAUCCCACAUUGCGAAGGACUCUGAUGCAAAUGAUGCAGAGGAGCAGUCCUAUCCUGUUGUUGUGGCUAUAGAUUUUGGCACGACAUCCAGCGGCUACGCCUACAGCUUCACCAAGGAACCAGAAUGCAUUCAUGUAAUGAGGCGAUGGGAAGGAGGAGAUCCUGGUGUGUCAAAUCAGAAAACACCAACCACUAUCCUUUUAACUCCAGAAAGAAAAUUCCACAGUUUUGGCUACGCAGCCAGGGAUUUCUAUCAUGACCUAGAUCCUAAUGAAUCAAAGCACUGGUUGUAUUUUGAGAAAUUUAAGAUGAAGCUUCACACAACUGGUAAUCUCAAUCUGGAAACAGACCUGGCAGCUGCAAAUGGCAAGAAAGUCAAGGCACUUGAACUAUUUUCUUACGCUCUGCAGUACUUCAAGGAACAAGCAUUAAAGGAGCUGAGCGAUCAGGACUCCGGGUUUGAAAACUCAGAAGUGCGCUGGGUUAUCACAGUGCCAGCUAUCUGGAAGCAGCCGGCAAAGCAGUUUAUGAGGCAAGCUGCGUACAAGGCAGGAAUGGCAUCCCCAGAAAACCCUGAGCAGCUCAUAAUUGCCCUGGAGCCAGAGGCUGCAUCCAUCUACUGCAGGAAGCUCCGCCUUCAUCAGAUGAUAGACUUAAGCAGCAAAGGGCCUGUCAAUGGUUAUAACCCAAGUGAGACCAUUGCCACUGGCUUUACACCAGCUAAAGAACACAUUCGGCGUAACCGUCAAAGCCGCACCUUUAUGGUUGAAAAUGUCAUAGGAGAGAUCUGGUCCGAGUUGGAAGAAGGCGACCGUUACAUAGUUGUUGAUAGUGGAGGAGGGACAGUUGAUGUUACAGUCCACCAGAUAAGGUUACCUGAAGGACACUUAAAGGAACUCUACAAGGCAACAGGUGGGCCGCAUGGUUCCUUAGGGGUAGACUAUGAAUUUGAAAGACUCCUGUGUAAAAUAUUUGGAGAAGAUUUUAUUGAACAAUUUAAGAUCAAGCGGCCUGCUGCCUGGGUUGAUCUGAUGAUAGCGUUUGAAUCACGCAAAAGGGCGGCAGCACCAGAUCGGACUAAUCCACUCAACAUCACCCUGCCUUUCUCGUUCAUUGACUACUACAAGAAAUUUCGAGGACACAGUGUGGAACACGCCUUAAGGAAAAGCAAUGUAGAUUUUGUGAAGUGGUCAUCACAAGGAAUGUUGAGGAUGAGUCCCGAUGCAAUGAAUGCUCUCUUCAAGCCUACCAUUGAUGAAAUCAUACAACAUCUCAGUGAUUUGUUUGAAAAGCCAGAAGUAACUAAUGUGAAGUUCCUCUUCCUGGUGGGUGGAUUUGCUGAAGCUCCGCUACUACAGCAAGCUAUCCAGAAUGCUUUCGGCUCCAAAUGCCGAAUCAUUAUUCCUCAGGAUGUGGGGCUCACUAUCCUCAAAGGAGCAGUCUUAUUUGGUCUGGAUCCUGCUGUCAUUAAAGUGCGCCGCUCUCCCCUGACCUACGGGGUAGGAGUCCUGAAUCGUUACGUGGAGGGCAAGCACCCUGCAGAAAAGCUGCUAGUUAAAGAUGGCACCCGCUGGUGCACGGAUGUCUUUGACAAAUUCAUUUCUGCUGACCAGUCGGUGGCUCUUGGGGAGACUGUGUCGCGCAGCUAUACACCUGCCAAGCCUUCGCAGCUGGUCAUCGUGAUCAACAUCUACAGCUCGGAACAUGACCACGUCAGUUUCAUUACUGAGCCAGGGGUGAAGAAGUGUGGCACUCUGCGCCUGGACCUCACAGGAACUGAUACGACCGCGCCAAGCAGGAGGGAGAUCAAAACACUAAUGCAAUUUGGGGACACUGAGAUCAAAGCCAUGGCAAUUGACGUUGCCACUUCUAAAAGUGUCAAAGCUGGUAUUGAUUUCCUAAACUACUAAUGCUCCUCCCCUGCCCCCACCCGUUAGUUCAACACUCUGUUCUCUCAUUUUUCAUGCGUCACCAAAAUGGACUUGCAUUUCAGCCAGACGGAAAAAGGAGAGAACCAUUAGAAGGGAAACGUCAGGCAUUUUUGUUGUUGUCGUUCUCAAAAUUAUCUGUUCAGGAAUCUGAAAUUUACAUGGUUAUCAGGUGCUAAACAUGAAACGGAAUAAUCCAAAAUGGCUAAAUGCAUUGUGAAAAUUAGUCGUUGAAAUAUCACUGCCCUCUUGAUUGGGAAAACAAAUAGUUUUACUGGAAGUAUUCCACAUGUGCUGUAUUUGGGGCCCAAAAUGUCAAAGCUCAUAUUCAUGGUCCAACGUUGAAGACCCUAAUACAGCAAAUGGCAAGCUGUCUCACUGACACCAACAAGUCUGCUUCGGACAGCAGGAGGUCAUCACUGAAGCCCUAAAUUAAAGUGGUCCUCUCAAGUGCUGCUGUUAAUUGUCAGUGGAGAUUUAUAGGUCUUUAGCAGUUUUAAAACCAGACCUCUCUUAUUUAUAUGCUUUAAUACGAGUGCUAGAGGUGAAGUAUCUAGCCUUUCUUUGUAAAAUAUGAAAAAACAGCACUUACCACCCAGGCAAAGUGCAUUUAGUUGUUGGGGAUAUAUGAUGACUGCCUCUGGUGGCUUUUGGUUCGGUUUUAGCAAACUUCCAAGCCACAAAGCAGAUUUGUUAAGGCUGCAGCCCAUUUAAAGGAAUCAACUAAAUUUGCAAAACAUUCACUAAGUAUUGCAAGGAGCAUACAUUUCAAAUUAGCAGAUAUGAUACACAAUCUCAUUUUAGGACAGGCAUGCCCUUUUUAGGUGAAGGGAAAAAGGAUGAUGUUUGCCACCUGCAGUUUGUAUAAGUAGUUUGUAUAAAUACACAUUGUAUUUAAAACAAUGUGUUGGAUCCAGACUUUGUGAUAUCUAGAGCAGACCCACUGGAAUCAAUGGCACAGGCUAGUUGAUCAAGUGCAGUGAUUUCAGUGGAUCUACCCGAAGUGUUAAUCUAACCUGAUUAAUCCAGGAAUAGCCCUCCAGUCUCCACCAGUCCCAGUCAGAUCACCAAUGGUCAGAGAUGAUGAGAGUUACAGUCCAACAUCUGAACGGCUCUCCCUGGAUUAGCCAUUAACAUUGCAGCCCAAAUAUUUGAGUAUUUCUUCUUUUUUGUUCAUUGGAAAGAGAAGUUUUUUAAAAGUCUCCCUUCUCAACAGUUUUUACAAAUUUAAGAGCUCCCACCUCACAUUUUACUUUGGGACUUUAUGUGGUAGGUAGGGAUUAUUUUCUUUUAAAAAAAACAUACUUCCAGCUAGCUGUUGGGAAGACCUCAUGCAAAAGAAAUGAAGGGGUAUGGUGGCAGAAGCUGCCCAGAAAGCCCCUCUAUUCUCAGGUUGGAGAAAGCAAGGAGCCAUUUUCAUUACCUCUCUCAUACUUGUUAAGAAACAGGAAAUAUAUACUGUGUUGGUCCUAGAAAGUGAGAUCCAGUAAAAGAAAAGGGAUACCUUUAUACAGGGCCAACUUAUUUCACCUAUUCAUGAAAGAACUAUAUAAAAUGCUUAUUGUUAUUUAGAAUGAUUCAUCAGGAAAAAA